CCCUUACCUACCGUCCGAGCCUCGUAUAUAUUUGCAUAUAUACGUAUAUAUAUUCACUACUCAUUGCGGAACUUUUCACUCUGCUAAAGAAAAAAAAGGAAAAAACCAAAAUCUUUGCUUACUUGGUCCUAACUCAUUAACCUCCCCCUUCCCCCCUCCUCUUUUCCCUACUAAAACACCAAUAUUCAUCACUCGUAUACGGCUUAUACUCCUUAUUAAUCUAUACAAGACCAACAAUAACAGCAAACAUGGCGAGCACCAAGCAAGCUGUCGUCUGUGUAUUCUGCGGUUCGGUCUCCGGUAAAAGCCCUAUUCACUUGGAAACAGCCCGGGCCCUUGCACACGAGUUUCACAAGAACAACAUCCAGCUCGUCUACGGCGGUGGCACAGCAGGCCUAAUGGGCGAAUUAGCCCGGACUCUAGUUUCCCUUUCCGGACCCCAAGCAGUACACGGUAUCAUCCCUCGUGCCCUAGUCAAAGUCGAGCCCGGCUAUGACAAAGCGACGGAGGAGAAGAACCCCUCCGCGGCCGUAGGCGGGAAAGAAGCCGAGCGAGUCGUCAAGGAGCCCAUGGGAAAUAUCGGGACGCUGAAGGAGUCAGAAUACGGGACUACCACUAUCGUCCCGGAUAUGCACACGCGCAAGCGCAUGAUGGCUGAGAAGGUCCGUGAAGGUGGCCCCGGGUCGGGCUUUGUUGCGCUGGCGGGCGGAUUCGGAACUAUCGAGGAGGUUAUGGAAAUGACUACUUGGAAUCAGUUAGGUAUCCAUAAGCUUGGCAUGGUGUUGCUCAACGCCAAUGGGUAUUGGGAUGGGGUGCUAGCAUGGGUGAAGAAGUCAGUCCAGGAAGGUUUCAUUAGUCCCGAGAACGGCGAAAUCCUGGUGGAGGCCAAGCAUGUCACCGAGGUUUGGCCUAAGCUGGUUAGUUACAAAAUCAGCAAUGGGAGGAUGCAGCUGAAUUGGGGUGAGGAGUAAGUUGGUCGUCUACGCACGCAUUCAUAUUGCACUACUGGCGCAUGGCGUGGCGUUACACCCGGCACGAGACGCUGUCGGCGUUGAUUGUAUGCUAGAGGUUUAGAGCUAGCUGAUAGAAGGAACACCACAUGUAAAAAGUAGAGCGCCAAUUACACGUUUAUGGCAUUAAAUACACCGCGCUUAGAGAGUC